AUGUAAGCUUAAUAUAAAAAAGAGUUACUCAAAAAAAAGUAGAAGUAUUAAUACUUUAAGGAGCUAUUUAUCGAAUACAUAAUCAACUAUCCGGUAUUUAAUCCUUCAAAUAACAUAAAAUUGAUAUGGGACUUAAUUGCUAACAUAAUUAGUAUAACUAUUAUGUUUUUUAUUCCAAUUUGUUUUCUAUAUGGAAAACCUCUUUCAUCACUUCUUGGUAGAUAACUUAAUAUAAUAAGCCCUAUUUUGCUUAUCUUAGAUCUUCUUAUUAAGCUAAAUACUGGAUUCUAUACUUAAGGAUAAAUGUGCAGAUCAAGAGUUAAAAUUUUAAAUAACUUAGCUGCUUAAGAUGCUUCAGACUAUAGAAGAAAGAUUCUAAUUAAACUUAAAAGCUUCCAAUAUGAUUUAGCUAUUGCAAUAAGACAAACAUGGUUGCACUCUAGAAAUAUAGAUCACUCUGAUUGGACAAUAUAAUAUUUAGAAUCAUAUUACUAUGCCACAGUAACUAUGAUUACUGUAGGAUAUGGAGAUAUAACACCUUAAAAUCCACAAGAAAUGAUAUUCUGUGUUUUUUCAAUGAUGAUUUGUUGUGGUGUAUUUGCUUAUUCUAUUAAUUAAGUUGGUAAUAUCUUUAAGUAGUUUUUUCACUUAGAAAAUGAUAUAAAAUAAAAUAUGAAAGUAAUUAGUAACUACAUGAAAAAUAAGAAAGUCAAUUAAGAAUUACAGUAUCAGGUUAAACAGUAUCUUAAUUAUUAUUGGAGGGAAGAGUCUUCUUAGGAUGUUACAUAAGAAACAAAAAUUAUUAAUUAGCUCUCUGAUGGUUUAAGAGAAACUCUAUUAAUGGAAGCUAAUAAAUUAGCAUUAAUUGACUCUCCCAUAUUUAGAGAAAAUUUUAGUCCACAGAUUAUAAUAAAGACAAUUCCAUUAAUAAAGGAAAUGAGGUUCACUCCAGAAGAAAUUAUUUUUGAUGAGGAAAAAAUAGAUUUUUUUGAAGGAUCUAUUUACUUUAUUGAAAAAGGUAGAGUCGAAAUUUGUAGUUAUUACUCUCACCCUAUAGCCAAAAGAUAGUAAAUGGUAAACAAAAUUAUUCAACUAAAAAGUGGAGAUUCUUUUGGGUAAAUCAGUUUUUUUACUGGUAAAAAAAGAACAUUCUCAGUUAGAAGCUUGGAUUUUUGUAGAUUAUUAGUCAUUAGAAGAUAAGACUUCAUUCAGCUAUUGUAGGAAUACCCUGAUGAUUAUGAAAAAUUUUGUAUGAUUAAAGACAGCAUUUUACAAUAUAAUGAUACUUCUAUAAUAAAAUCUGGUUGCUAUGCCUGCAAAUCUAGUACUCAUUUGAUAUCUGAAUGUCCUUACAUUCAUUUUUUACCAAAUAAAGAUAACAUUAUCUUGUAAGAAAAUAAAAUAGUUUAAAAUAGAUCUCCUUUUGAGAGAAGGAAAAAGUGCUCUUAUAUAGAUCUUUCUGAGUUGUUAGAAGGAGCAGUUGAAAUUUUAGAUAAUAACUAAGAUAUCAUAAUGUAAAAUUAUGACUAUAACUAUAUGAUUUAAAGUAAUAGUUUUCAUGACAUUGAAGAAGAAGGAUAAAUAGAUGAAAUAGAGGAGUAGAUUUAGAUAAAUAGUAAGUAAGCUACUAAAAAUAAUUAAAAAAACGUUUAGAAUCCUAAAAUAGGCUCAUUAGUGAGCAUUGCUAGUAAAUUUGAAGGAGAGAUCUCUUCACAAUAGCAAUAGUAGAAUAUGGUUAAUAUAGAUCUUAAAGCAGAAUCCUUUGGAGUUCCAAGCCAAUUAAGCUAAAAUUUUUACAAUUAAGAGAGUUAGUUAAGAAUAAACUCUAAUCUUUACAGUAAUUUGAAUAACCCACUUUACUAGGACAGUUCAUAAAAUAAAUCCAGCAGUAAACAAAAAAGAGGAAGCCAAAUAAGUUAACUUACAUCUUAAAAUUCUAUAAAGAUACAGAAUAUUGAUGAAUAACCUUAGCGAAGUUCUGUUUCUUUAGGUGAAUAAAAAAUUCAUGAUUUUUAACAGGUUAAUAGUAAUUCCAUAAAUAGUAAUAGCAUUAGUUAAAAUAACUAAAAAAAUUACAAUGAGGAAAUAAAUUAGUUUGCAGCAAUAUUUAACAAAAAUCUUAAAUUAAUCUCAAACAAUAAAUAACCCAUUUAACAAAUGAGUAGCCAAAAUUAAAUAUCAUUAAGUUCAAGUCAAAAAAUAAGGACAACAUAAUAAAUAUAAAUUCCCUAAGGUUUAAGUUAAUAUAAAGUCAUUUAGACAAGCAAUAACGUUACAUCUGAGAAAGAAAUACCAAUCUAAAAAUUUAUAUAAAACAUUAUUAAAAUUCAGAAAAAUAAUUCCCUUACUUCAAACUAGCAAAAAGAAGCUUCAAAAAACAAACACCACACAAUCAACUAAUAUGAAGACAUAAAAUUUUUGAUACAUUAUCUAGGCUAACUAGGUUUAAAUAAAUAAGAAAAUUAAGCAAACAAUAAUAUUGAAUUAGUGAUGGAGAACUUGAAAAACUAUGGUGUUUAUUUUCCUUAUAAUAAUCUGAAGAACAUACUUGCUUAGAUAAAUGCACAAUACACAAUGUAGGAUCGUUUUAGAAAUACUUCUAUAUCAUCAAUUCAUUAGCAGUAAGUUAUUUUAGCUAUUAAUAAAGUUAAUAAUAAUUUAAAGUAGCAAAGAAGAAAAUCAAUAUUUAAUUAAAACUAACUCUAAUUAUUCAAUUAAAUAACUAACAACUCAGAAAGGUAAAAAAGCGUAAGCUAUUCAUGCUCAUCUAAAUCAAAAAAAAAUAAAUUAAUCAAAAUUUAAUAUACCAACAGAACAGAAAAUAAUUUUAAUGAUUAAAAAUAAGACACUUCUAAAUUAUCAAACGAAUUAUAGCUAAAUAAAUCAAAUCUCCAUUUUGAGGUAGAUUUAAACAAAAAUCAUUUCAGUGAAUUUGAAGAAAUAGACAAAAAUUUAGCAAUAGAUUUAACUAAUAUAACUUCUGAGCAUAUGAUACCAAAGUAGACCAUAAAUAUUUUCACCUUAAAUACAGAGAUUUUAUCUAACUAUCAAUAAUCUUAAUAAUGA